CUGUGGUGGAGUGAGAGAGGCCCAGAGAGCCGGCAAGAGGGGAGCUCAGAUCAGUAAAAAGCAGUCAAGAGAAAGCAGGAAGGCAAGCAAGUGAUCCUGGAAGAGAGGGGGUGGAAUCAGUUUGGGUUGUAGAGCAGAAAAGAGGUGAGAAAGAGAGGAUUCUGUGCUUCCAGAGGACUUGGUUGGGACAGGACACGCAGUCCUGCCUGGGGGCAACAAGAGACCAACUCACAGAAAGAGAGGGAACACCUGGAGCAGGCAGAGUUACACUCACAGGAAGCCUCAGACUCUACGCUCACUUUGUCUCAGCUCGGCUGCAGCAGGCUAUAGUUGUGUUUGCUGUGAUUUGAGAGGAGCAUGUUUGACUGCAUGGAGGCUCUGGGGCUGGCCCCUCGGCCCCUCUUUGAUGUAUCCGGACAAGGGUCCUGCAUGCUCAGCAAGGCCAGCUCGUACUUCUCAGGCCUGGACCCCUACGCCUGGGCCGGGACCGGCAGCAUUCAGUCGGUGGAGACCCAGAGCACCAGCUCAGAGGAGAUGGUGCCCAGCUCUCCUUCCCCUCCUCCCCCUCCUCGCGUCUACAAACCGUGCUUCGUGUGCCAGGACAAGUCAUCUGGUUAUCACUACGGAGUGAGCUCCUGCGAGGGCUGCAAGGGUUUCUUUAGGCGAAGUAUCCAGAAGAACAUGGUGUACACCUGCCACCGAGACAAGAACUGCCAGAUCAACAAAGUGACGCGCAACCGCUGCCAGUACUGUCGACUGCAGAAGUGCUUUGAGGUUGGCAUGUCCAAAGAAGCGGUGCGUAAUGACAGGAACAAAAAGAAGAAGGACGUGAAGGAGGAGGUGGUGCUGCCAGAGAACUACGAGCUGAGCGGGGAACUGGAAGAGCUGGUUAAAAAAGUCAGCAAAGCUCACCAGGAAACCUUCCCAUCUCUGGGCCAACUGGGAAAAUACACUACUAAUUCGAGUGCCGACCACAGAGUGCAGCUGGACUUGGGCCUGUGGGAUAAGUUCAGUGAGCUGUCCACUAAGUGCAUUAUAAAGAUUGUGGAGUUUGCCAAGCGACUACCAGGCUUCACCACGCUCACCAUCGCUGACCAGAUCACCCUCCUCAAAUCUGCAUGCCUGGAUAUCCUGAUGCUGAGGAUAUGCACUCGCUACACCCCAGAACAGGACACAAUGACCUUCUCUGAUGGCCUCACCCUCAACAGGACCCAGAUGCAUAACGCCGGCUUCGGCCCGCUCACAGAGCUGGUGUUUGCCUUUGCCGGUCAGCUGCUGCCUUUGGAGAUGGACGACACAGAAACAGGCCUGCUCAGCGCCAUCUGCCUCAUCUGCGGAGACCGCAUGGAUCUGGAGGAGCCCCAGAAGGUCGACAAGCUGCAGGAGCCACUGCUGGAGGCUCUGAAGAUCUACACCCGCCGCAGACGCCCCAACAAGCCUCACAUGUUUCCCCGCAUGCUGAUGAAAGUCACAGACCUCCGAGGAAUCAGCACCAAAGGUACAGAGCGAGUCGUCACCCUGAAGACGGAGAUCUCGGGCCCCAUGCCUCCUCUGAUCAGAGAGAUGUUGGAGAACCCCGAGGCCUUCGAGGACAGCAGCGACUCGGGGGACAGCGCUGCAGCCGCCCCCCCCGCCAUUCAAGCCAUCAAACAGGAAGAGAAAACCACGGAUGAGUCUGCAGUCGAGGAAGAAGAGGAGGAGGAAGAGGACGACUACUGGGACGAGGAGAAAGACAGAGGGGCGGACAGUGACAGGGAGCCGUCGGGGGGGGAGGCGGCGGCUGCGGCGGGGGGGGGGCCAAAGAAAGGCGUGAGUGGGAAAACGCAGUGAGACAAGACGCCAUGAUGCUGCUUCCUCCCUCAGAUCACUGAGCCCUCACCCAGCAAUAUCUCUCCUGAGAAACCUCACAGAUUUAGGCUCUUAUACAACAACAGUGUUUCACACAGCACAUAUUUACAUAGACUGAAUACUGUACAUGCGGCUGAAAGGAAAGCUUGUUGAAUUCAGUCGAGGAGGCAAUGAGUGGGAGAAGCAAAAGCACUACAUUUCAGUGGGCUGGGGAGAGCAUCGGGAAAACGUCAAAACGCCAAAAUGAGACUGUACAAAAGAUAUUUCAAAAGUGUUUUGUCCACCCAAAGAGGAACUAGAGGUGUUGGACAGAAGAAAAUGCACUCCUCCGCUAUCUAUAAGGGCUAUGCUUUGUAUACAAUUGAUGGUAAACAUACAUUGCAACAACUGAACACUACGUGGUGUCCAUUUGCCGCAAAUGUCUUCUCAGAAUUCCUAUUAUCGCUAUUCAGAGAUACGCGACUUAUUUUUCAAUAGUGGUUUUUCUAUGCAUGUACACGUUUCUGUUUCUUUUUUCCUGUCUAUGGGACUUCUUGUUGCUUUUUUUGUAUAUUUUUCUCUUUCUGCUCAAAUUUGACUUGACACGUAGUUCAUUUAGCUUGUCUUGUUAUUUGUAUGCAUUUCUGCUACAUUGGACACAGUGAAAAGGGAAAGAGAGAGCAGGUCGUGAGCAGGACUCAAACUCACAUGUAGUUCGUGAAACAUCGGAAAGACAAUAAGAGGAAGACUGUCCUUCAGCUCUGGUUCUUGUGAUG